CUAACAGUCCCAAGCAAGUCUAUUCAGCAACAUGCAGUUCAAAUUCUUGUCCACUCUCGCUCUCGCUUCUCUCGCUGUUGCUGCGCCCACUGGCGGUGACCCUGCCCCCAUCCCUCCCAGCCAAUGCAACACUGGUCCCAUCCAGUGCUGCAACGCGGUCACCAAGGCGUCUGACCCCGCUGCUGGAGUCCUUUUGGGAUUGUUGGGCAUUGUCCUCCAGGACCUCAACGUCCUCGUCGGUCUUACCUGCAGCCCAAUCAGCAUCAUCGGCCUUCCUGGCAACAGCUGCAACGCCCAACCCGUUUGUUGCCAGAAUAACUCUUUCAACGGCCUCAUUGCUAUUGGCUGCACUCCGAUCAACAUCAACCUCUAAUCAAGUGGCCAAAUAACAGUUCGUCGAGCGCCCCGUCCAGGGCCGCGCUCCGAAUCCAUUUCCCUGCCGCUCGAAUCUGAAGUAACCAAUCAAUAACCAUCACCAAUUGUCUUUUUCCCUCGUUAUGUGAUAUGCUCCCUUGUAUGCCUACUUUUUCGCCCACUUCAAAUAUGGUUCGAUCUGUACAAUCGUAGUAGCGCUAUUGUUGUAGCGUGCAUCGAUUUAGCUAUUCCGGAGAUACGGAUU